AUGACGAAAUCUAGUGAUGAGAAGAAAGCAUCGAGUCAGUUGAAUGAAACUGAGCAAAAUUUCCUGCGUGCAGCUCGCGCUGGUGACUUGACAAAAGUUGUGGAACUUUUGAAUGCCGGCGUACAUAUCAAUUUGUCCAAUGCUAUUGGACUUACUGCACUUCAUUUAGCCUCUAAAGAGGGUUAUGUUCGCGUUGUGGAUGAGUUGCUACGACGUGGAGCAGAUUUCGAUGCCCCUACAAAGAAAGGGAAUACUGCACUUCACAUUGCCAGUCUAGCCGGUCAUUUCGAAGUCGUCAAAUUACUUUUGGAUGCUGGUGCUAACUUGAAUCGUCAAUCAGUUGUAAGUAAUUAAAAGAAAAACAAUUAUCAUUCUUUUCAUCCCCAACCAUAUCCAAUUUUCUAUCUUUUCAAGCUUUAGUUCUCUAUGUUUUGCAUUAUGGACUAGAAUGUUCUGAUUAUCAGUGAUUACACCUCUUAUCUGUUUGCAUAUUAUAUCCACCUAAUUUAUAAUCGUCAUCAUAAU